GUUUCUUCCCCCUCUUCCUCCUUCCGCCGCUCAUCAACCCCUUCCCUCCGCCCGCUGCCUUCCCUUCCCCCCGCGUGGUCCUCCGCCGCCGCCACCGCUCUAAGCUAGGUGCUGAGGCUUUCGUUGGCCUCUUCUUCGCCGGCGACGAGCAACCACCAGGGCACGGGCCUCAGGAUGCAAUCGUUGGUCCGGAAUGUCUGCCGAGCCGGAAGCCGUGGAGCGGCGGCGAGGCUCCUGGAGCUUGCCGCUGCUCCCGUAGCCGCGGCUCAUCCGGGGGCGGCGCAGCCAUCCUCGGCCGUCAAACACCUCUGGCAGCCUUACGGGUUGGCUCGCCCGAUCGGGGUAGAUCAAUCCGUACGUGUGCAGAGCCGGGUCAUUCCUGCUGCUGCCUCCGGUUUCGGUCACUGCGCAAAGGUUCUUGUUGCGACGAGGGGUUUGUCGACGGUGGGGAAUGCAGCUGAGGUUGCUUCUGAUUCGGACGAUUCCACCUCUCUUGCGGUUGAGCACCCCCCGCGCAUCAAGUUCAAGAGGCCCGACAAGACCGCCAGGCAUAUUAUGAAUAUCCUGAACAAAGAGGCAGUCGAUAAGGUCCGCUCGGAGAGGGAGAUUCCUGAUGUGCAGCCUGGAUGUAUGAUUCAGAUGAGAUUGCAAGUUCCUGAGAACAAACGGCGCGAGUUGACAUUGAAAGGGAUUGUGCUAGGAAGGCGCAAUGCUGGCAUCAAUACAACCUUCAGAUUACGUAGAUUAGUGUCUGGCAUUGGAGUCGAGUCUGUCUUUCCACUUUACUCGCCAAACAUCAAAGAAAUCAAGAUCUUGGACAGGAAGAAAGUCAGGAGAGCUAAGCUGUAUUACCUGAGGGACAGGGUGAACGCACUUAAAAAAUGAGGCUUUCAACUUGUCUCUAGGAUUUUUGCCCAUGUGGAUCAGCAUGGUUUCUGAAGAUGCAGCAGUUGCAGCCUGAGAAUCACAUUGUUUGGUUCCAUGUUUGAAAGCUCAUAACUUGUAGUUUGUCAAUUGUCAUGCUUGGUUUCAAGCUGCAAGUGCUAGCAGAAUAUGUUUUGACACAAAAUUUAGAAAUGCGGAUCUUCCGUCUUUUAUUUGCAGCACUAACAUCGGUGCGAAAAAAUAAUGUGCUCAGGUCUAUUAUAUUACUUCCCCACCCCCAUAUGCGUUUGACAUAAACAAGCUGGAAUACUUACCAAAGUGAAAGUAUUAUGUGAUGCUUCAUGUUAGCAAGGUUACGGUUUUAUA